AUGCCCGUCUACCUGCCAGACGAGUUGUGGGACCGCAUCGUCCAGCAUCUUCCGUCGGCCUCCCUAGCCUCGCUUCGUGGGACUUGCAGGCGAUUCUCCAUAUUGGCAGAGCCCCAUCUUUACGAGAAGAUCAGCUUCGUCGAACGGAAAGAUGGGGGAAUCCCAGACCAGAUCUCACGCCUGUAUUUGUUUCUCCGCAGUAUUGCCAGUCGUCCGGAGCGUGCAGGCGCUAUCAAAUACUUCCAAUUCCACCAACACAAGAGACAACCUUCCAAUGGCCAGCCCUUGUGGGAUGAAGAUUCAUUCCAACAAAGAUUCACGAGCCAUGAAAUCGGUUUGAUAGACAACUGGAUCCAAACCGCCAAUGUCGCCCCCAAAGAAGACCUACACCAAAAAUUAAAACGGGGCUCAGUCGAUGCCAUUGUCGCCCUUCUUCUAUCUUGCUUCCAUCACUGCAGUGAGUUGGACCUCCGUCUUACUCGCCAGGACCGGACCUUCGUCCGAGCCAUACUGCGCUCAACACAACGGCCAGCUACAUUGAAGCGGGUGUCUGUGGGAGCCAAUGAAGCAUGGGAAGAGACAUGCAGUCUCUCUUUCUCUGAUGAUGUGGCACAUCUCUUUGAGAUCCCUGUCAUCCAGUUUCUCAAGAUCACCUGCGUCCAAACAACCGCCCCGAACGUUUGGCCAGGAACCCAGCCCGUUGCACUCACAUUGACUACCCUGGUUCUUGACGAGGGCUUUGUGACAGAUUCCCAUCUCUUCCAUAUCCUGGCAGCAACGCCAAAUCUCAAGACUCUCGACUGUCGCUUAGCCUACGAUGCUAACACAAGGGAAUCCUGCGACUGUGCAAGGCUGCAGUCUGCUCUGGAGAAGGUUAAGCCAUCGCUCGAGAACCUGAGAAUCGCUAUUGAGUUCUGGAUCUCGGGGAAUAUGGCUAUUGAGGCAUACCAGGGAGGAGACUAUGGCAUCAUCGGACGAGUCAAGUCAUUGAAAGAGUUUAACCUCAAAAACCUGGAAUUCCCAUUCGUCCUUCUACAGGGCUGGUUCCCCGACCAAGCACCCCCUAUCCAAACAGUUGUCCCCAAUACGCUCGAGACGCUGUGUAUCCGAGACGACAUGGCCGCCUUCGAAGACUAUGUCUGGACUAUCCCCGAGAUGACAGAAAAAAUGAUCGACUACCUCCUGGGGCUUCCAUCCCUGAAGGAGUUUACGUUCAAACCAUUUAGUCUGGACAUCGAGUUCGGCAAUCCCUACGAUAACCGCCUACGACUAUCGGCGAGCGUAGCGGGCAUUGGCUGUUUUAUUGUUAACUAUGCUUUUGAGAAGGGUGAGGUUGAGGAUCCGUGGUAUCCUCAGUUUGUAGUGUAA